CAACCACACCAUUCACAGCAAAAUCAACUACCUCGACAUCACAAGUGCCAUUGUACCAUGGAUUCGCAACCUCCGGAGCAGGCUUUUCCGGCCGCAUUCAGUGCUCAUACCUCGCGCUUCACUCGGACGUACCAAACAUACCUUGAUAAGGUCACCCCGUUUACUCCCUAUCGAUGGAUCGGAACGGUUGUAUUGCUCUUGAUCUUUAUGGCGAGAAUCUUGAUAGCUCAGGGAUGGUAUAUUGUUUGCUACUCUCUCGGCAUUUAUCUUUUAAACUUAUUCAUCGCUUUCCUCACACCUAAGUUUGAUCCCUCCCUUGAACAAGAUGACGAGCUUGAGUCUGGGGGUCCGAGUGCUUUGCCUACAAAGCAGGAUGAGGAAUUUAGACCCUUUAUUAGGAGAUUGCCCGAAUUCAAAUUCUGGCAUAGUGCCACCCGAGCCAUUUUCAUCGCAUUUGUGGCGACCUGGAUUCGGGCAACUGAUAUUCCCGUCUUCUGGCCCGUCCUUGUUGUUUAUUGGAUUCUUUUGUUCACCCUCACUAUGAGGCGACAAAUCCAGCAUAUGAUCAAGUACCGUUAUAUUCCUUUCAGCUUCGGGAAGACCAGGUACGCCAGGUCUUAAGAAGGCUCCAAACAGGCUACUGCUAGGGGCAUCUUAUCAGCAGGGAUGCUUUUGGGUGGGAUAUGCGGUCUGAGGAGUUUGGGAUUUGGGUUUACAUGGUACUUUUGCUUGAAUAAAAAGGAUUGGAAAUGCAAAGGGAAAGGUCAUGACGAACGAAAAGCUGUGUACUGUUAACUUGUUAAUGUUGGGCGGUAGUGGGCCAUACGUUGCCUAUUUUUACCGUCUUGGGUUCCGAAUUUUUCGCCGGUGUAAGUUUAGAGAUUCGACCUGUAAUUUUUCUAUUUCA